AUGUCUACUUCAACACCAUCCCUCGAAAUGUCUGAUCAACAAAAGAUAGGAAAAGGAGAUGAAGAAACCCAAAGCACCCAGGGACAGAAACCAACUUUCAACAAAGAUUAUCGCUUCUGGAUGAUCAUGGUUACUCUGAUCCUCGCCACCAUCCUCGCAUCUUUAGAGUCAACAGUCGUCAUUACCUCUCUUCCAACCAUUGUCAACGAGCUAAAGCUUGGGUCUAGUUAUAUCUGGGUCGCCAAUGUAUUCUUCCUUACCACGGCCUGUGUUCAACCUCUCUUCGCCCAGCUAUGUAAUAUCUGGGGCCGCAAAAAAGUCAUGAUGUUCAUCUUUGCUCUUUAUACCCUCGGAAGCGGUAUCGCUGGCGGUGCGAAUGGAGGCGCCAUGCUCAUCGCUGGCCGUACAAUCCAAGGUAUCGGGAGUGGUGGAAUCACAAUGGCCAACGAUGUAAUCAUCUCUGAUCUGGUUCCACUUCGAUACAGAGGAAACUAUAUCGCGAUACUUCUGUUGGUCAUGACAGUUGGUUUUGCCAUUGGACCGUUCCUUGGGGGCAUUAUUGUCGAGAAUACAACUUGGAGAUGGGUAUUUUACCUAAACCUCCCUCUCGGAGGCGUCGCUAUCGUCGUGACAUACUUCUUCCUCAACCUUCAGUACGACAGAAACCAGUCGACAAUGGAAAAGCUGAAGCGCAUCGACUACAUAGGCAAUGCUAUCCUGAUCGGAUCCAGCGUCUCAAUCCUCAUCGCCCUUACAUGGGCAGGUCCAGUUCAUCCAUGGUCCGAUGCAAGAAUCCUGGCACCACUGAUCCUAGGUAUUCUUGGUCUUGUCGGAUUCGUCAUUUAUGAAGGCUCUGGCAUUCCAUCUGAACCUGUCAUGCCCAUCCGUCUAUUCCCAAGCCGUACAUCUUACAUCGUCUACGCCAAUACCUUUCUAAAUCAGCUGUUGAUCAUGUGGCUCUACUACUUCCUCCCACUCUAUUUCCAAGCCGUCAAGAUGUCUACACCCUCUCGAUCAGGAGUGCAGAUGCUCCCCGUUGCUCUCAUCGCUAUACCCGGAGCUGCACUCUCAGCCUUUAUGUUGUCCCGAUGGGGCAAGUAUAAAGGACUCCAUGUGUCUGGCUUCCUGAUCAUGACUGCGGGUGUCGGGCUCUUUGGACUUCUAGAUGAAGCCAGCCCCCCAGUAGCUUGGGUUCUUCUCCAGUUUCUUCCUGCAAUUGGGUCUGGAUUUCUGCUUAACACGCUGCUCCCUGCCUUUCAGGCAUCCACAGAAGAGAUUGACCAAGCUGCUGCCACUGGUACUUGGUCGUUUAUACGUUCCCUUGGCACGGUUUGGGGUGUCGCAAUCGCUGGUACGGUGUUCAAUUCGUACACGAAGCAGUACGCGCACAUGAUUGGCAAUGAACUGGCAAGAGAAACACUCCGCUCGGGAGAUUCAUACCAAAGCGCGACUCGUGCUUUCAUCUUGCAAUUUGAUGAAGCGACCCAAGGCCAGCUGCGCCACGUCUUCAUGCUCUCGCUUCGCAAGGUUUAUGUUAUUUCCGUGGCGUUUGGUGGACUUGCUUUUGUCCUGUCUCUGUUGGAGAAAGAAAUCCCACUUCGUGAGGAGUUGGAUACUCAGUAUGGUCUGGAGGAGAAGGGUACUAAUAAGAAAGUAGAAAGCUAA